UAUCAGCCAUUUUCUACCACACAAAACCUUCACUUUCUCUUCUUCCUCCCUCCAAUAAUUAGAGUUUAUUUUCUCUCUAUUCUCUCAUCUCUUUCUUUGUAAAUCAUGACUCUUUCCUUAUACCCUGCGGCGUCGUUUUGUCCUUCUCCGAAAUUCUCCAAAUUUCCGCUGCCGUCAUCGUGUUUCCGAGUAGUGUGUCAUGGCGGAUCCCAAGCGCCGUACGCCGCGAGUGAGCUCAAGUUGGCGUUGCACGACGCUUUGGACUCUACUGGAAUCGAUACAACCUAUGCCCGAGAGGCUAGAGAGGGUUUUUGCUCUCAGAUCAAUAAAUUAUCCAAUAUUGAAAGGGAAACCAGUAUUAGCAUUAAUAGAUGUGUUGAUUUGGGGAAAACAGCUCUUCAUAUAGCAGCAGAGGAUGACUCCCUGAUAUCACAUUCAUCAGUUCCCCUCCCUGUGGAUGCUUUCAUCGACCGAUUGGAUGAUCUUUCUGUGGGAUAUUGCCCUCAUUAUAACUCAUCUUUGAAGUCAUCACGAGAAAAUUUUUUGGAUAGUAUAGAGAGAUAUUUGUUUGAUAAAAAGGGUUUUCGGAGAACCAGUGCGGGAAAUCAAAUAGAUCCAAGAGCACUAUAUCUUCACUCAGUUCUGACACAUCGCUCGGGCUCCGCUGUUAUGCUAUCGCUUGUAUACUCAGAAAUCCUGAAAAUGCUUCGCUUAUGGGGCCUUGUAGAUUUUGACGUGGAGAUAGCAUUCCCUCUUGACCAUGGUCUUCCUAGGGGAUAUCAGAAGCAGAAGAGCAGGGAAUCUGAUCAGUCACACAUUAUGACUGUGCAAAUAUUGUUGGAGGAGAUUUUAAGGAAUUUAAAGAGUGCCUUCUGGCCAUUUCAACAUGAUUUCUCCCGGAGUUUAUUCUUAAGGGCAGCACAUGCUGCUAACUGCAUUGAACAAUUAGACAGUGAAGACAGUGGCUUGCAGCUUGCAUCAGCGAAGGCUGCUAAACACAGGUUAGAGCGUGGUGUUUGGACCAGUGUACGCUUUGGGGAUAUGAGACGUGCAUUAGCCGCGUGCGAGCGUCUUAUUCUCAUGGAAACUGAUGUCAAGGAAUUAAGAGAUUACAGCAUUCUUCUCUAUCAUUGCGGACUUUAUGAGCAAUCUCUGCAAUAUCUCAAAUUGUAUCAGGAAGCGAAGAGUUCUUCACUAGAAAAGCCAUCCUCUGAUCCAACGAGCUCCCUGGAGGAUGAUGCUGUGGAAAAACUGAUGAUACGCCUCAACCUCAUUUCGAUGGAGGAAGGUUGGAGCAAGCCCUCAUACGUUAAAAAUUUUCUUGGUAAUAACUCCGAACCAUGGUAGUGCCUUAUGUACCAUUUGCCCUGCAUGCAGCACUGCUAAACCAGUGAUGAAAUCAUUUCACUAAGGAGAGAGUUUAUCAAAUUUGAGUGUGCACUUGUGCAAGGGUUAGAUAAUCCGAAAAGUGCUUGCAAUGCUUUUAAUGAUAAUAGCAGGAUGCAUAGCAAUAGAGAAGAGUAGUAAGACCAAUCGAAUAUCUAACUCUUACCCCACUUGCAUAUCGAAAACGUUGUGGUCAUCAUAGUGGGGUACACCGGAUCUUCUUUAAACAUGUUCUGAAGUUAGCAUCUGUAGGCAUGAUAUGAGCUUUAAAAGGGUCUGGGUUCUAUUAUCUCUGUGACGACGCCAAAAGAUUCGAUUGGCAUACUUGUAACAUGCAUCAGUGUCUGUAGAUUUCUGUUUGUGCGGUAAUAUGAUACUCGUAUAUAUCUGACAAAUAAUGAAAAAUUCGAAAUUUCUUGUCGUAGUGUA